AUGGAGCAGAUGGCUUUGUAUGUCCUGGGAGGGAACAAUCAGGAAGAUUUAGAACCCGGAUCAGAAGCAUCGAACAAGGCUCGAAGAGUGGAUUCAAGUGCUGAUCUAAGUUCAAGCUCAGACGACGAGUUUGACGACUGGAACCCUGCCGAAAUGGUGACUCCUGCUGCAUUACAGGAAGACAUCUUGGCUGAGCCAUCAAUCGUUCCAGAUACCAUGGAAACGCCAUGGACUAUUCCAUUUGAUCUUAUUGGGAGUUUGAGUUUGACUGCUACGCUCAUAAUAUUUUCAAACUUCGCCUCUCGUCUGGUCUUCUCGCGACUUGUUUACCCUGACAGCAUUCCUCUCUACCUUACAGGAGAUCAAGUUUUCCUCAAGAAUGCUGGUAGAUCGAAAGACGUCUUAUCCGAGUUACAUUUGGGUAUGGAGGCACAAAACUCUCUUGGUUACCUCACUCCAAUUGAACGAGCUUUAGGUGUCGUCAGUGAUGAAGCUGUGAAGAUUUGUCGAGAUCUGGAGCUGGAAGCAACUACUGCUACGGAGGCCUUCCUAAAGCCAAACCUGGGAUCCCUGGAGGACCUCAAUAAUUUCCUGCUGGUAACCACACCGAGACGCUUGUGGGAAUUCAGAACAAAGCUCGAUAGUUUGAGAUUGAAAUUGGAAGCGGAUGUCCUAGUGCCACUCUCGGACUUGUUACGUAUGCCUAAUCGCAUACCAUUAGAUAGCAUGAAGCGCAGUGAACAUACUGAAGUUGUAACGGUAUUCUCCCGUUUGCAAGAAGACGAUGCAGGGUCUUUACUUGCAAGAUUUCCUGAAGAGGCGUUACCAAACCCCAGAGAUGUAUCAUCAGACAAUGGAAGAAAGUACUAUCAGGGCUCUGGGAACGUUCUCGAAGAGCAUGCGGGAGAUAAUUCAUCGAACAUCGCCCUAGCAGAUGCCCGUCAUACACAUACUGUACGAGAAUUUAUUGCGAGCGCACCAAGGCUAAGCAAUAGUACUAUGCCCCACAGAAAGCGGCAAUACAGCCUAGAUGAAAAAGCCGAAGUCAGAGAGAUUCGUACACGUAGAGCUUGUGAGGAUUGUCGACGGAGGAAAACUAAGUGUAAACACAGGUUAGCCGGAUCAGAGUUCUCUUCAAACGUGACAUCAGGAUCAGGAAGUACUCAGUCAGGAAGUACUCUGAGUGAUAUCUCGCUCCGAACUGAGAGUGCAGUCUCUGAGCCUCUAGCAUUCGCGGCUAGGAUCACCUCAGUAGACGGAGGAACCGACUCUUCCAACGAUUACGACCUAAAUGAAAUGGAUAUAAGAGCCGGAACUGCCGAAAAGAAGUCUUUUAUUGAAUAG